AUGGAUGAGUUGUAUAUUCUUUACAUAGAAUUGAGACAUCGCGGUACAGGCGAGCACAAGAUGGGCAGCGCAUUUCCACCAUCAUCCCCCAUAGGGGCUGGCAGCGCGAGCUACAAUAUUGAGGCAGAUCCGUUUUUAGAGUUCGCGGUGGGCAGGAAGCAGCUGGCAGCGGCGGCGGGGUCGCGCAGCGAGCGGCAGGCGUAUCCGACGCCGCAUCCGUCCUCCACGUUAGGGCGGUCGUCAUCUCCAGUGAGGGAGGCGGAUAGUGACGAAGAGCAGGAGGUACACGAGCGGAGCUGGCGGCUUGUGGAGAUUGUGUUGGACCCGAGGAGCAGUGCGGAGGUGGUAGUGGGACGGCAGCGCGCGAUGUGCGAUGUGUGUCUGCCACGGGGAAAGCAUAUCUCGCGGCGGCACGCGACGCUCUCGUACGAGGCUGCGACGAACCGCGUGCGAUUGUACUGUAGCGGGACGAACGGCCUGGUGGUGUCGUUUCCGCGGCAACUCAGCUACGAGCUGGUGCGGCAGGUCGGGACAGAUUCGGUGUUCGAACUGGUGACGGAAACGUCGGAUGGGCGUGACCACCUACCGCGGUCGGAGAAGGAGCUGGUGAAGAGGCCAUUUCUGACUUCGUUCGUGUUGUUCCAGGGCGAAACGGUGGACAUGCCGUUCAUACAGGAUACUAUCCUGGACUUCAGGCAGUGUGAAGCGCGGAUGUCGCUGCUGGAUAUCGGAAGCGAUGAGGAAAACAGCAACGUCACUGAGACAGAGGACGAAAUGACGCUGCUCAACAUUGGCAGCGAUGACAUACGCAAUGGCGUUCGGACACCCGUCAAGCGCAUGUACAUCCACAGGUCGGAUGACCUACCCACACAGGCGGAGCUGGAGCGGGCGUCCUACGGCGACGCUGUGGAGGAAGAUGAUGAGAUGAGCGACCGUGUAUUUGACGCCGGUAGUGCGCUGGCGCCAGAUAGCUCAUUCUCGGGAGGGUUCCUGCAUACUCCGUUCAAACAGAAACUCUCCGACAACAGUCUACUCGGGCUUGGAACCGAUAGUCCUCUGUCACCUGCGGGGUCCAUUGAGUCCUUCCAGCACGACUCCGAGGUAGGCUCACCAGGGCCCGUUCAAAAGAAGAGGAAAGAGACAAGCAGCAUCAACGACCAAGAACUAAUAGAGGCAGAGGAUAUAUUGAAAGAAAUGGAAUGCCGGGGAAUUGACCCCCACGAGUUACAGCAUGUCCUUGCGAAUCACCUGGCGCUAUCAAACGUACAGCAGGUGCCGUUGUCGCAGCUACAGGAUGUCAACUCUACUAUCUCUACACUAGGACGCAAGGAACUACGUGCCCUGCUUACGACAGAGAAAUGCAUUGGCGUUAUCUAUCGUGUUGGAAAAGAUGCUGCAGGUAAACCGCUUGAUGAAGAAUACUACUAUGAUCUGGAGAAUGACUCAAACCAAGAUCGGAGACAGUUGGUGUUAUCCUUGAAAGGAGGUAGAACCAGUCUGCGGUCCUGCCGCAGAGUACAUAAGCAAUAUUUCUGGAAGAAACCAGCGAAAUAA